GUUUCGCAGCAGAGGUAACGUAGCGAUCACGUGACACCUCUGUCGGUGGGAGUGAGAAUUUGAGAUGUCAUCGCCAUGCGUGUUGCUUUGGCUUGCUGUGUGUCUCCGUCGUCGUCGUAGUUCGGUGAUUUACUAUGACCCAGACACUCUCCCACAUUGGCAAUGUAGUAGUGUUUGAGGCAUCUGGCGACAACUGGUCGCACCCACAGCACGACAAUGCCACUUCAUUGUGCACUGUCGAAACGACGACUACGGCCUCUGCAGGAAGCGGUUCUGUUCUGGGUCUCCAUCAUCAUCAUCAACAACAAUACCAAGCCAACAGCAUCACCAAUGUUACUGCUGCCAGUCUUACUAGUAUUCCACAGCAAACAAAGCCCUGUUCGAGUUCCCUUAGCGAUACGAUCAUCAGUUCAACAACUGCUAUCAUCCCAUCGACUGCCGCCGUAUCUUCUUCUUCUUCUUCCUUUGGCGCUGUUCCUCCUCUAUCUACUGCUAUCGAUGUUACCCAUGCCACCAUCACCGCCUCCCUGGCUGCCACCACCAACACUGGAAACUUCCCUCCUUUCACCAACACUGCCACCACAACCAUCAACAACAACAACAACAGUACGGUUAUCCCGACCUCUUGUAUCGCCUCCAACUCUUCUACGACUUUGCAUCAAGUAGAACCUGCUACUAUUGUUCCUUAUUCCUCUGGACAUCGCUUAUUGUUAUUAUUACAACAACAACAACAACAGCAGCAAGAACAACAACAGCAGCAAACGUCGGGUGCGAUCCCGAGCCCAACAGCUCCGACGACGGCGACGACAGCUUUGUUGUCUCCUCGGUUGUUAUUGUCGCCCGUUCGUUCGUCGACUUUGUCUUCAUUGAAUUCAUUGAAUUCGUCCGGAAAAAAAAGCGACAACAACAGUAAGUUGGUGAAGAAAUCGGCCAACUUGCUCUUACCUUCCUCAUCCACUUGCACAUUGUCUCCACCAUCACUACCGUUAUUAUCUUCUGGUUCCAUUUCUGUUUGUUCUUCAUCAUCGUCAUCGCACACCACAGUCUCUUCUUCCUUAUCGUCGUCGUCGUCGUCCUCUUCGUCGUCGUCGUCUUCAUCUUCUUCGUCGUCGUCGUCGACAUCGUUAUCUCACCGGACAGCCCGAUCCCCGUCCACCUAUGACAAUAACUCCAGUGCUAACAGUACUGGCAGCAGCCAACAUUCAGCCCUGCCCCUAUCUCCCAGAAGUGACCCUUCUCGUAAAUGUCGCGGAUCGGUUGAUUCCAGGGGUCCUACUAGCUCAGGUGAGACAACAGCCACCACCACUACCGAAGAGGGACAUCAUCAGCGGAUCUCUGCAAGUUGUGGGGAGACAGCUGGUGGUAAGGAACGUCUUUCAAAAAUCGAGGAGAAUAUUGAGUCAUCUAUCAGGUAUUUUCAAUUGUUUAUAUUUACCUUACCUGUCUUUUAAAAUUACCUUUCCACAGCCAUUUUAUUAUAGCCAACCGUGUCAUGACGGACUUGUACACUAUUCCUUUAUUUCCUUGUCGUUCUUGUUCAUCUUUUCCUACCCUUAUUUUAUGUAUGUUUGCACAUUUUCCCAGGGCGGCAGGAUUUGGCAGAAACAGUGGAAUGUCGGUUAAAUACCUUGCGGUAUUUAAGUCACGUCCUUUAAUGUUCUGCGUUCAAAUCCUGCCGGAGUCGAUAGAAUAAAUAGCAGUCAAAUAGAGGGAAUCGAUCGAGUCGACAUCACCAUGAAUGCUGCCUCUUGUCUUUUAGCUUUUCUAGCAUUCAUUCCUUGGAUCCUCGUUUAUUUAUAUUUAAACAAUGAUGUAUUGGUCGGUUGUUCAAUGAAGCCUUCAUCAGUCGCCACUGGUCAUAUUGGAUUCCAUGUGUAUUUCACAGACAGCAAACGAAUUCUAUUUUCUUUUAAUUGUUAAUAACAAUAAUAGCAUCAUCACCUGCGAAUCUAAAAUAGAUUUUAGAAUCCCCACAUUUCCACAUAUACAUUAUCCUCUCUGUCCUUCAUUAAUGUUUAGCCUUUUUAUAAGUCAUUCUUUAUUUUGGUUUAUUUUUCUUCCCAGAGAAGGAAGAAGCAUCCUAUAUCUAUGAUCUGUGUGUGUUUUGUUAAUGUUGUAAACUAAAUCUUUAAAUUCCUUAGUAAUUUUGGCAAUUCCAACAUGAGUCUCUGGUUUAAACGAAAACUAUGUGAUAGAAUGAAACAGGAAAAUAUUUAUAUUUAUAAACCAUUCUGUGAGACUUUGCUGCUUCUUUUGGAAACGUAAUUUACUGAGAAUUUCUAAGACACAGUUUCAGUUUCUUUGGAUAUUUUAUUUGAUUUAAAAAUAAAUGUUUACAUUGUCUUAGAAUUCCUGUGGUCGCUGCUGGUUCGCUAAUUGCAUGACAAAUAUUUAUAAUUAAAAGAAUGGAAAGGGUUGUUUUUUUUAAAAACAGUACGUAAAACUUAAAAAAAAAGAUAAGGCAGUUAUGUGCACUUAACUGUGUGUGUUUGUGUGUAUAUAUAUGUAUAUUAUAUACACACACGCAUACAUUGGUGUUCUAUUUACAAAACAUUAAUGUAUGCUUGAGGUGUGAUUUUUUUUUUAUUUGUUUAUAAUUUGAAAUAUAUACCCAAGUGUGAUCAUCUGAUGUUUCGCAUUUCUAAUAAAUUGGAACUGUCAGUGUGUGUGUAAAUAUAUAUAUACACACACGCGCAAAAUAUGUGUUUGUGUGUAUCCAUACACAUUGUCAUAAACAUAUGACAAUGUGUCUUUUUUUCCCGUCUAAUAAUGAAAGUAGGUCUUUGAACACACACACACACACCGUAUAUUCAUUCUAUCGCAUCUUCUCCCCAUGCAUUAUUUGUUGAUGCAAUUGUGUUGCUGUGUUGAUGCAUUUUCCGAGUCAAAUGGACACAUUUUCCAAUCUGUACCUGUAAAUAUAUGUGUGUGUGUGUGUAAAUUUAACUACAAGCAAUGUGUACACUCACACUCACACACAUACGCGCACACACAGACAUUGUAAUAGCUAAUGUUUUCGAUAGUUGUGAACGAAGCAUGCCGUGAUGGCAACCUUAUUAUUCCCUAUCUGUUGAGAUUAACCAACUGCAAGGAGCCCAAUAAUCGAUCGACGUGCAAUCUUCAUAGCUAAUAUACUUACUACUCCUCUUUGCUCCACUGUUUAUUUACUCUUUCCUUUCCUCUGUCACCUGUUUUCUUCCUAUUCUUCAUGUUAACCCAGCUUAUCCAGACCUGAUUAAGGGAUCAGCUUAGAUUUACAU